GUUGAAAUAAUUGACACCUUAACUGACUUUUGCUAACCCACCCAUCUUCUAAACUUGAAAGGACUUUAGAGGCAAAAGUUCUAAUCCAAACCUAAUAAAAUAUACAAAAAAAAAAAAACUAUUUACAAUGAAUAAUAAAAUCCAUAAUUUUUUAUGGAUGCAAAAUUGGUCAUUAUACUAUUAGAUAGACAGAGAAUUGGACAGGGUAAUCUUUCUAGAUAUUUAUAUAUUUUGUCAAAGAAGCAAGUGUUGAAAUUUAUACCAGGGAUGUUGAAAAUGCUAAAGUUUAGAUGUUCACAUGUACUAUGGCUAAUUUAAAGUUUAGAUCGAUGUUCAUAUAUACACAACCUCUAUUAACUAAAGCUAAUUUAUUAGACAAAGCUGCUUCCAAUAAACCUUAUUCUCAUCCCAAAAUGAAAGUUAUAUCCAUAUUUAUCUAUUGUUCUUAUAUUUCUCUCAUCUAUUGUUUCGUUCUUGGCCAAAAUGAGUCGGACAAGCUUGCUUUACUAGCCAUCAAGAAUCAGCUAGUCAGUGAUCCUUUUGGAGUCACAAGCUCUUGGAAUGAGUCUCUGCAUUUUUGCAUGUGGCAAGGAGUUUCAUGCAAACAUCAACGGGUGACACAAUUGAACUUGCCUUCAUCGAGUCUGGUAGGGCACAUACCUUCCUCCAUUGGCAACCUUAGUUUUCUUCAAGUUCUUGAUAUUUCAAACAACAGUUUCCAUGGAGAAAUACCAGAACAAAUUGGCCACUUGCUUCAGUUGAGAGUAAUAGCAUUGGAAAACAACUCGUUAAGUGGUCAAAUACCAACUAGUUUAUCAAACUGUUCCAACUUGAGAACUCUAGACUUGAGUUACAACAAUUUCAUGAGUGGGAUUCCCUUCCAAUUUGGAUUUCUCACUAAGUUGGAGCAACUUCGCAUCAAGAACAGUAAUUUAAAAGGAAUCAUUCACCCACAUAUUGGAAAUAUUUCAACUCUUCUUGAAGUUUCCUUGAGGUCCAAUAAGUUAGAGGGAGAUAUUCCUGAAUCACUAGGCCAAUUGAAGAAGUUAACUAUCCUUAGUAUUGGGGAUAAUAUGCUUUCAGGUACCAUUCCAAAGUCUAUCUUUAAUCUUUCACAUCUUAAUUUGUUAUCUCUUUGUAAAAAUAAAUCUCAAGGAAGCUUUCCUCAUAACAUAGUUCUCACUCUCCCAAAUAUCCAGUACUUUAAUGUGUGGGAAAACCAAUUUAGUGGAUCAAUUCCGGUUUCAUUCUCUAACACUUCAAAACUCUUGGUAUUUGAUAUUAGCAACAACAAAUUCUUUGGAGGGGUUCCAAAUAUUUUUAGAAAUCAGGAAAAACUUUGGUUUCUAUGGAUAGCUGGUAAUGAUCUUGGAUCUAGUGGAAUCAAUGACCUGAACUUUCUCACCGAUUUAGCCAAUUGUAGUAACCUUAAAAGGCUUAACCUUUCAAAUUGUAACUUUGGUGGAGUGUUGCCCAGUUCCUUAGGAAACCUCUCAGCUAAACUUGAAUCUCUAUCAAUGGCAGGAAAUCAGAUAUCAGGAAAUCAGAUAUCAGGAACUAUUCCACCUGAUAUUGGAAAUUUAGUAAGCUUAAAUGAGUUGCUUAUGUAUGACAAUAAGCUCAAAGGAGCUCUUCCUGAAACCAUUGGUAAGCUUCACAAGUUAGAAAGAGUGCAUUUGCAUGCUAAUGAAUUCUAUGGAGAAAUUCCUUUUUCCAUAGGCAAUCUCAGUCGGUUGAGCGAGCUUCGGUUAUAUGAGAACAAUGUUCAUGGAAGCAUCCCUUCUAGUCUUGAAAACUGCAACAGCUUGCUGUGGUUGGACCUUUCCAGUAAUUCCUUCAAUGGUGCCAUUCCCCCAAAUGUUAUUGGAUUAUCCUCUUUGUCAAAGUUCCUAAAUCUGUCUAGAAACUAUUUGUGUGGUUCUUUACCUUGGGAAGUUGGUAACUUGAAAAAUCUUGUUGAGUUAGAUGUUUCCAAUAAUAAUUUGUCUGGUGAUAUUCCUAGCAGCCUUGGGGAUUGCACAAUCUUACAAAGACUUUAUAUGGAUCAUAACAAGUUUGAAGGAGCUCUUCCAGAAACUUUGUACUCAUUGAAAGGUAUUGAAGAAAUAGAUUUAGCAUACAAUAAGCUUUCUGGACAUCUCUCAAAAGACUUGGCUAAGUUAUCUUCCUUGUCAAAACUGAACCUUUCUUUCAAUGAUCUAGAGGGUGAGAUUCCAACAGGAGGUGUUUUUAGUAAUUUCAGUGAAAUUUCAAUUGUUGGUAAUGACAAGCUUUGUGGGGGUGUACCUGAGUUACAAUCAAGAGUAUGCUUUAGAAAGCACAACUUGUCCUUUGAAGCCAAGUUGACAAUUUGUAUAGUUUGUGUCCUAGUAGUAUGUCUACUAGUAUACGCUGUAAUCUACUAUUUUCUUAGGAAGUCAAAAAGGAAAGCUUUAAAAUCUUGUGAGAGAGAUCCAGUCAUAAAUAUUUCAUAUGGGGAGCUCCUUAAAGCAACUAGUGGUUUCUCUCCAAACAAUAUGAUUGAACAAGGUGGUUUUGGUUCUGUCUACAAAGGAAUCCUUGGACCACAUAAAAAACUUGUUGCUGUGAAAGUAUUCAACCUUGCAAACAGACAAGCUACCAAGAGUUUCAUGACCGAGUGCGAAAUUCUAAGAAGUGUCAGGCACCGAAAUCUUGUGAAGAUUAUUGAUGGUUGCUCGGGUGUUGAUUACCAAGGUAAUGAUUUCAAGGCUCUCAUAUAUGAAUUCAUGCCAAAUGGGAGUUUGGAAGAUUGGCUGCAUUCUGUUCCAGCAAGAAAUUUAGAAGAGCAAGAGAAGAGUUUGAACUUGUCUCAAAGCUUAAAUGUAGUGAUCGAUGUGGCAUCCGCCUUGGAUUAUCUUCAUAACCAUAACCAAUCACAGAUUGUACAUUGUGAUCUGAAACCAAGUAACAUUCUUCUUGACCAAAAUAUGACUGCCCAUGUAAGUGAUUUUGGUUUGUCAAGGAUUAUUAUUGAAGGCAGUUCUCAGAAUCAGACUUCCAUUGGAAUAAAGGGUACUAUUGGAUAUGCAGCUCCAGAAUAUGGCAUGGGAAGCAAGGUGACAACUCAAGGAGAUGUAUACAGUUUUGGUAUCCUCUUCUUUACCUGA